GGAGAUGGUUCCCGUUCAAACUUCCACGUUUCGAAUUAGUAAUAUAUGGAAAAAGAAAACGAAAAUUCCGCGAAUAUAAUAUUGGCUUUUAUCAUUACAAUUCUAUAUAAUAUUCACUAGAGGUUUUCUCGUUAAUUUUUAUGCCGAAUCUCCGGCACCGACGAUAUAAACGAUUAUUGCUUGCCGGUGCCGUCAACCGAGAUGUCAAAUUUGUUCUACGGCCUGGUUAUAAUACUCGGAUUCACAGUUUUCAAUGCUGAAUGCUCUAAUGGAGACAGAUCAAUUUACUACAGAGAAUGCCUUCGAAAAUGCUAUACGAAAAACUGCACCACAGACGCGGGCUUCAAGGAAAACGCACCUUUGGAGUUAAGACUGUUAUUAUGGACAUGUGACGAUGACUGUCGUUACAUUUGCAUGUGGAAAACCGUCGACUUUUUUGCUUCUCAAGGCUGGAACAUUCCUCAAUUUUAUGGAAAGUGGCCAUUUGCUCGAAUGCUGGGCCUGCAGGAGCCGGCUUCUGUAAUUUUUUCCAUACUAAACUUCCAAGUGCAUUACACGAUGUACAAAAAGUUUAAACAAACCAUAAGACCUUCCAAUCCUAUGAAGUUAGCCUGGAGUUACUUUAGCAUUGUGUGCAUGAAUGGGUGGAUCUGGUCUACAGUAUUUCAUGCGCGCGAUAAAACUUUCACAGAAGUAAUGGAUUAUUCUUGCGCGUUCGCCAUGGUUCUAACUUUCUUAUACUGCACGAUAUUACGCAUAGCAUUGGGAAACUAUAGAGCACUCAUUUUCGUAACUUGCGGAUAUUUGACCAUACUCUAUAUGCAUUUGUCUCAUUUAUGGUCUGGGAGAAUAAAUUAUGGGUAUAAUAUGAAGUUCAACCUGGCCCUCGGACUCCUCACAUUCCUCUUGUCAAUGAUUUGGUGGUAUCGCAACAGAAAAGCACUUGAACACGCAUCAUUGAUCGCCUGGUUCAAUAUUGGUACCGUUUUAGUUACACUGCUAGAAGUUGCAGACUUUCCUCCAAUUCUCUGGACACUCGAUGCUCAUUCCUUAUGGCACGCUUCUACCGUACCACUGGCGAUACUUUUGUAUCGAUUCAUCAUUCAAGACUGCAAGCAUUUACAGAGAUUAGCUGAGAAGAUUUAAUCGAAUACCACAUGAAUUUCAUUUAAAAACGACGCUAUCAGAAGAUUGGAAUUGA